CGUGUUGUUCCUUCCCAUCCCCCAGUUCAAUACGCUGGGACAUGGAAGUUGUUGCGAAGGUCGAGAGUUGGAUCACUAAUUGGAGCAAAGGGGGAGAGUCUGAAUGUCGAAAUUUCCUCAUUUCACCUCACUCGAAUCCUUCCGACCCUAUUUGCGCAGAGGCGCUCACUACCGUUUAUCAUGCCCUUCUUUUGUCUGUUCUCACAACUUGGCAGCCUAAGAAUUCCUUAAACGCGCAGGCUUUCAUAACUUUCAUCCAGUCUGUCCUUCUUGCACUCCCGUCUUCCUCCUCUGUACGCGCGGGUCCACCCGUGCAGAAUGUCAUAUUUGGAGAGAUUCUUGUGGAUGUCUUAUGGUCUACAGAUGCUCAGCUGGACGAGUUUUUGGCAGACGCGAAGUCUGCUUUGGUUGGUUCGGAACAGGCUUCUGGAGGUCAACAAGCAAAGGACACCCCAAAGAAAGACAUUACAGAUGGUGCAGGAAAGGCAGCUCGACUGAGGCAGUUUGUUGAACAAGACAAAGAUACCCUAAGCGAGCUCGUCAAAAGACUUCUGUUCACUGGCGUCGUCGAUCUCGCUGUAUGUCGAGAGCGCCUUGACCUGUCUCUUCUUGCCAGUGCCGGUCUAGUUUCAGAUAGAAUGUCAUUUGACAAGAAAGAAAUACGAACUCGCACUGGGCUCUUCUAUAAGCAAAACAAGUUCAACCUUUUACGCGAACAGUCCGAAGGCUACAGCAAGCUUUCGGUGGAGCUCACGAGUUCCUUGGGUCCUGCGCACUCACAUGCUGAUGCUAGACCGGUGGAAAGCUACGCUUCUAUCGAAGACCGUGCGCGCCAAGUUUGGGAAAAAGUGAUCAGCCUCAUUGGUUAUUUCGACCUCGACCCGAAUCGCGCUUUGGACAUCAUCUUGGAUGUAUUGUCGGUCAACGUGGCAACCCAUUACACAUUUUUCUUGGCAUUGCUUUCGUUUUCUCCAUGGACCGGACUGUAUAGACGUCCCGCAAUGUCCACAGCUAGCCGUAUGGCUGUCGAUUCUGUUGCUGAACAGUUAAGGGAUAGGAGCCUGGAUGAAGUGUUGAAAGCCACCGAGGCAAAUGUUAACGAUCAGUCGACACCCGUGGACAAUGAUGGCGGCAGCGAGUCUCGAGUGCUAGCACAGGUGCUUGGUUUCAAAUUCUCCCAUUAUCAGUCUCCAGAAGCUCAUGAACCUUCCCCGAAGAACCUCUAUCUAACUGCUGCUAUCUUGAUCAGGGAGGGUUUCAUCACCGCAGAAGAUCUUUAUCCCCACCUUACUCCAAGGGAUGCGGACAUCGAAACAUACCACAAGGAUUAUCUUGACAAGGUCCGGCAGCGCAUUUCUGAUGCCAAAAUCAGUCAGCUCGCCAUGGCAGCUCCUUUGGAAUCUUCUAGCUCAACUUCACAGCCUCGUGUAGAACCUGUGGAAGUGAAGAAGAGUGCCGAGUUCAGAGCUCCUAACCAAAUCGCUGGGCUCGUCAACGGCCUUCUUUCGGUGGGAGCUCUACGCCCGGCGAUCGCGGUUCUGACGAGGAUUCCUUGGCUUGUUGACGCUCACCCCGAGUUGGCAGAUCUGAUACUGAGGGUUCUGAAGCAUUCCAUUGCUCCUCUGUAUGAUGCGACAUUUGUCCUCAAAGAACGCAAUCCAAGUUUCACGCAACCCCGUGCACGUUUCAGCGCUACUGGAACGCUGGCGGUUCCAAUUCGUAAAUAUCAGUUGUCAUUAAUAGCCCCCACUCCUCCCAGUACUGCAUCAGUCGAUUUCGUCUUUUUCUUUCCCGAUUGGACCCAGCGCGUCCCCCUUUGCACUUCCUUCGAGGACAUGGUGACCGUCAUCGAGCCCUUCAUGAGUUUCAUUGGACUGCACAUUUCGCGUGAUCCUUUGUUCGUCACAAAGAUUACGAGGCUCGGGCGCUCACAGCUGGUAUCAACUCUUCCCUUGGAUCCCGUUUCCAGAAAACCAUCAAGUGAACCUGACACGAAUCAUCCCGUCCGACAGUUCUGGUUCAAGCUUCUUCGGUUAUAUUUCCUGCCUGCACUUCCUCUCAUUCGAGGCAACGCAGUUUGCACUGUUGACAUUUGGAACAUCAUUCGACAAUACGAGACCACUGCAAGAUGGAGAUUAUACGGAGAGUGGAAAUCCAGUUACGUAUCCCACCCCGAACUUCGCAUUCGCCAAGUGCAAGCCGACCGUGAAAGCAAAGGCAUUUUGCGACGUCUGUCGCAUAAUACAAUCGAGACGCUAUCUGGAACAGUCGCGAAACUGGCUCAUUCAAAUCCUUGUAUCUUCUUCACGAACGCCGUCAACCAAAUCAUGGCAUAUGACAACCUUGCCGGCGUCGUCAUACAAGCAUUGCGAUAUGUCACCAAUAUGGGAUUCGAUGUACUCGUGUAUGUCAUCCUUGAUGCUCUAUCAAAUCCACAUAAGAACCGCGUCAAGGAUGAUGGAGUCAACACUUCCGACUGGCUGCAAAGUUUGGCAUCCUUCACCGGCAUGCUUUUCCGGCGGUACAGCGCUGACCUGUCGCCCUUGCUGAAAUACGUGGUUCACCAGCUGUAUAAUGGCCAAACAACAGAGAUCGUUGUACUUCGGGAGUUGAUCUGGAAGAUGGCAGGCAUUGAGCCUCUUCCGAGCCUUUCGGACUCACAGAUAACCGCGAUGGCUGGAGGACCUGCUCUCAGAAUUGAAGCCGUCGCCUCAACGACUCGUGGCGCUCGCCUCGACCCAGGUGAUGCUGUUCUCAAAGGACCACAACGGCUCGGGAAGACCAUGUUGGAGACCAAUUUAGCAUUACCUCUCCUCAUUCAGGUCGCACAGCAGAGACAGUCCUGCGUUUUCAAAGCCCCUGAUGCUCACUUGAAAUCCCUCGCCAGUUUGUUCGAUACCACUCAUGGCGUCCUGCUGCAAUAUCUGGAUCUCCUUACCUCGCCAGCUGUAAUCUCGCCCAAGGACUAUGCGACGAAGAUCCUGCCUAGUCUUGCAGAUCUAGGGGAAUUGUAUGGGAUAGCUCCUCCCAUUUGCAUGCAAAUUAUACGUCCUAUGCUGAAUGCUACGAUACUGAGCGCUGCCCAGGAAAAGGAACGACUUGCCAAUGAGGAAGCUGAAAAGCGGUUGAAAGCACGUCUCUCUGCGGCAAAGCGCGAGCCUUCCGCCGCGACCCCUAGGGUGGAUUCGCCGACUGGAGUAAAUGGAGCCAACACUCCACGAGACACGGGUGAUCAGAAGUCGUCAGCCGACGGUAUACCAGAAGAUGCAACUAUGGAUGUCGAAGUGACCACAGCGGCAACCCCAGCUGCGACUGAGAGCCCAUGGAUACCGGAUUUAGAAGCUCUGUUCGACGAUGUUAAGAAGAUAGCCAAGAAUAAUGUUCUUGAUGUGAUUGGGCCCGGUUUUUACCUGACUUUCUGGCAACUUUCCAUGUAUGAUCUCGCGCCACCAGCAGCCCGGUAUGAUGAGGAGUGUGCUGCUUUGCGGACACUGAGCCGUCAAGAAGACACCAAAUAUAUAGCGGCUGACCGUUCUGCUGAUAGAACGAAAAGGCUCACAGCUGGCUCCCAUCGGGCUAAACGGGACAGAUACAAUACUUUUGUGAAUACUCUUGCUCAGGAGUUCAAAGAACAAACUGCAUCGAGAGUGUUUACGAUGAAACGACUAGCCCGAGAGAAGCAUCACUGGUUCGCUCACACCGAGUAUCGUUCAUCGGUCCUUGCUUCUGCAAUCAUCGAGCAUUGCAUUCAACCACGAUGCCUCUUGUCGCCCAUGGAUGCAGACUUUUGCGCACAAUUCAUUAAAGUGAUGCACACGCAAGGGACUCCAGGGUUUCCUACUCUCGUAGUUUAUGACAAGUUGCUCGGGGACCACGUGAAGGCGGUUGUCUUUUCCUGCAGCGAAUAUGAAGCCAAGAACUAUGGUCGCUUUUUACUGGGGAUACUGACAGAUCUCUGGAAGUGGGCUCAAGAUGAGCAGCUCUUUUUGAUGGAAAAUCGCACAAAGGUUGGAGGAAAGACUGUCCUGCUUCCGGGUUUCCAGCAUAGAUGGUCGAGUAAAGAUCAUGCCAGUAUCGCUCCGGACGACCUUCUGUCAUGGACGGGGUUCAAGCAGAUUCUCCGCAAAUGGCAUCGAAAGCUGGGACGGAGUCUUUUGAGCUGCAUUGAGACAACAGAAUUCAUGCACGUCUACAACGCUAUUAUUGUAUUGAAAGAGAUUCUUCCCGUUUUCCCUCUCGCCGCAGUGGGUGAUGCUGGACCUGCUAUCGAUACCGUAAUGGAGAAGUUUUUGGAAAAGGAAGAGCGCGGUGACCUCAAGAUUCUAGGCCGAGCUUACUCCGCGAGUCUGAAAAAGCGAGAGUCGUUCUGGGCAGUGCCGAAGUCACUUGUUGCCAAGUCUAAUGGGGAUCCUAUGUCGCCGAAACUAGCAACUUCAACGGCUAUCCUUCCCGAGAAGCAAGCUCGCACUCCGGUACCUCCUAACGGUACUGCCACACCUACGGCAGAUCGAAUUAGCACUCCAGUUCCCCCCACCUCACUUCGUGUGAACGGAGCUUCCCAGCUUGUCGUCGAUAGACCCAGCACGCCAGCAACAUCCACUAGGUUGGCCAUUGACAGCAUCCCACGGCCAGAGAAAGUGAAACGAGUACGGCCCGACAAGGGUAGUGAAUCGCCAGCUCCUGAUGGUGACGCCAAGGGUGUCGCAAAGUUCGAUACAAUGGACAUUGACGCGCCUCCGAAGGAACAGAGAUCGACUCAAGCUCCAACCCCCGAACAAACUCUUCGCCCUACCCCUCGUCUUCCUCAGGGUCCCUCUCAAAAUGCUCUUCCAUCUGCUCCUGCCAAAGAUUCACCUAGACUUCAACGGCCACCAUCAUCGAAUUCUACCGCGAAUGCAUGGGAAUCUCCACAUUCACCGCGCCCUAGAGCUGAUGAGAAGCUGACACAAACAUCUCCAAGCGAGGCUAUGCCACCGCCAUCUGCUCCAAGCCAGACUCUUUCGGCGCAGGAACUGCGCGAGACUGCCAAACAGAGUAUUGCCAAUCGCCCACCAGAUCGGGCCGAUGAUAAGCGAUCUCAACCUGGCUCUGGUGCCCCAUCCCCUGUUCCUCGUCGCCGUACUCCUUCCCCUCCACCUCGCCCUGGUACACGAACACACAGCAUGGAGAGUCGUGCUAGCGGCCGACGUUCCGACCGUGGAAGCGGUGAUGGUGAUCGACCUGAUGAUAGGCCAUCUGACCGUGAGGCUCGGGUGGAGCCUCGUGCGCCUACAGGGCGUAAAGACGCUGUCACGCACCCCCGAAGUGAUAGAGGCCCCCGAGAGCGAACAUCCACUCGGGAAAGUGAUCGAGACCGAGAGUGUGAACGGGAGAGGGACUCUCGCCGGGACAGACAUGGUGAAAGGGACCGCGACAGAGACAGAGAGAAGGAGCGGGAUCGGGACAGGGAGAGAGACAGGGAGAGGGAGAGAGACAAGGACAAAGACAAAGACAAGGACAAGGACAAGGACCGCGAUCGUCGUGAGCGGGACAGAGAGCGUGAUAGAGAUCGUGACCGUGAUCGUGAUCGUCACCGCCGAGAUGAGAAAGAUCGUGACAGAGACUCAAGGAAAGAUCGCGAGACUUCCAAUCGUGGUCCUACCUCCACGGCAGCUUCUGCUGCCCUAGACACUCGUAACUUGCCCACUCGUCCUGAUCCCACACGGCACAGUAGCCGAGCACAAGUGGGCGAUGAUGGGCUGGGCAAGAGGAGGCGUCCUACUGAUGACGAGGCUGACCGCAACUCCAAGAGAAGCUCUCGUAAGGAGGGACACCGCGAAGAUCGCAGCCGCAGGUCAGAGAAGGAGAGUCAUGAUCGACCUCGAGAGUCUGAUCGGCGUCGGACCGAGCGAGAAGCACCUGAAGCUGAACCACGUCACCCUCUAUCUGACCGACCUGGCGAGAAACGAUUACCAGAGGGUCCUAAGAAUUUACCUCCUAGUACACCUUCUGCACCACGGGCGAUGGCAUCUGGGGAUGCGUCUAGGGCUAAACCGGAUCUUCCUGUUAGCCGAAGUGGUGGGGACUGGAAGAGUCAGCGUGACCACGGCUCACACACGUUCCCGGCCUCCGCCAGCGGCGGCCUGAAUCAAGAUGUUGCUCCAAGUUUACGUUCGCGCAUUGGCGACAAAGAGCCUGCUCGGGCAGCUCCUCAGGCACCAUACCGCUCUGACGUUCCACAUAAGGAUGAUGACCGCGAUAAUCGAAAACGAACUCUAGCAGAUCGCGAUAAAGACGUCGGCGAGGCUGCCGUCUCCACUGCAGAACACUCGUUACAGCCUCCGAAGCGACCACGAAUCAAUCGCAAUCGGUACAAUCCCCAUGCCCUUCAGACUCAUGGUUUAGCCAAAAGGACCUUGCCUAUAGAUCCACAGGCUGGGGAUAAGUCACGUUCAACACGCUAGCGCAAGGUGACUUCACUCCAGCUCGCACUGCUGUUUGAAUCCUACAGUAUAUAUCGUUACAUUACAUAGUACAUCAAUGAAUCGGACUGAUGAGGCUCCACUCUACGCAAGUCA